AUGGCGACCCGGAGCAAAGUGCGCGCGUACGUGCAGUGGAAGGACAGCAGCGUGUUUGCCGGCGAGGAGAUUGAAUGCAUCAUCAGCUUCAGGAACACAUGCGACGACGGCGACCAGCAAGCUCCUGACGACCACACGACGAGGGCGAAGAACAGACAGCGCACCGUAACGCACUCUACACAGCAGCUGUCGACUGCCCCGUCCGUCGCUCCAUCCGUAGCUGGCUCCCGGGCGCCGUCACAUCGACCCACUCUCUCCUUGUCUGUCUACCCUCCGUCGUCAAGCGCCCAUCAAAGAGUUCCCAGCCAUGCCGCCAGCAAUGCGACCGCUCCAAGCACACGCCAUGCUCCCACCCAUGGACGCUCGCUGUCCAUCAUAUCCAUGGGCAGCGACAAGGCUGCCAUGACCAACCCCAUGAGCCCACGUCGUCCUCCUGCUCGUGGCCACGGUCGUUCGGCUAGCAUGCAGGUCUUGUCACGCACGCCUUCAUACCAAGCUCCAUCCUUGUCCUUUAGCUCCUACAGGAAUCCAUCGCCGCUACAAGAACACCACCCACCGCUGACGCGCCGUACUUCGGGCAUCCGUACCGCCCCUGGCACUCCUGCCUUCAACUUCCCUUCGCCCAUCACUGCUCAACCUCCCCAUGCAACGAAUACCUCUCCCCAGAGACCUCCUUCGACCUCCCACAUGAUGCCUCCGCCGCGACAUCCCUCCGCCUCUUCUGCCUCGUUUCCUCCUCCCAACUUCUCCUUUCCUCCGGAAUCUCCUGGCGCCUCGAGAAGGGGCUCUCCCGCUCUCGAUCGCUCUCCCAUGCCCGAGUUCCAGUUUCCGAUAAGAAGUCCUGCUCCGCCGCAGAGACCACACCAUCUCCCAUCUCCCAAACUUCCGGACGCGCCCUCGUACGCCAACCCGCUCUCGCGCAUCAUAUCCGAGUCUGGUGCCAACGAUACUCCCCGUACCAGCAGCGACUUCUACUCUCUAACAAACCACUCAUCCGAGACUGUCUCUUCGGAUGCUGCCCUGCCCGCAACGAGUAGAACACUCCCAAAACCAAUGAAUGGACGCAAUCAACAAGUCCCACCGACCAGCAUGCCUAGAAACAAAGACCCUGAGACGUUGAUGAUGGGUUACAUUCAGACUAUGGGCUCGUUCGUGCUUGAUGGCUCACUAGUAAAUCAAGCCCCAUUCGAGGAUGUCAAACGGAAAGGUGUCGUUGGUGGCCAAGGCGGUGGUGGCGUCGUAGGUGUGGAAAAGUCAAAGCGUGAGAGUGGUAUGUUUGGUUUUGGCUGGGGCAACAUAGGCGAGAGUCUAGGCGGUCUCCUGAGUGGUGGUGAGAUGAGCAGUAUCAAAGAGAUGCGAAGUGUUGCAAGCUCGAAGACCAUCCCACUGCUCAGCACGCCUCAAUCUAUUCUCUUUGUUGAUUUGCGGCUUGCUCCGGGCGAGACUAAGAGUUACUCGUACCGAUUCCGUCUGCCACGGGGGCUACCACCCUCUCACAAAGGACGUGCUAUCAAGGUGCAGUAUCAUCUGACCCUCGGCAUCCAGAGGCCUGGAGGGAAACAACAGGUCAAGCACAUAGAGAUCCCGUUCCGUGUGCUUGGAAGUGUCAACAGUAAGUUGUGUUUACCUCGCUAUAUUUUUAAUUGUUCUGACGAGCCUNNAGAUCGAGGAGAGACCCUGGGCCAUGACUUGAUGUCUCCUUAUAUACUGCUGAGCGACAAGGCUAGAAGCCAAAGCAUCGCUCUCAGCGGCUCGAAGCCACAAUUUCCUUCAGCAAAGUCACCAUCGGAAAGAAGAGUAUCAUCUACUCUGCUGGAUGAUUUCCUCUCAUAUACGGAUCGAUUAUUAGCACAACCUGAAUCCCAAUCUGGUGCACUGUUAUCACCCACCGCCGAGAAACCAUCACGCCGACGAUCCUCCUUGGAAGAUAUCACACCAAACAAUAUGAAAGAAGCGAUAGACAUGGCCAUCCUGAGGUCCAACACCUCUUCCGGGUCAUCAGACCAGCUUACACAAUCUAGCAAUCGCUUCACCAUUGCUCGAGGCGGCCAACUUGUCGCUAUAGUAACUAUCGUACGGCCAGCCUAUCGCCUGGGCGAAACCAUCACCGGCAUUAUCGACUUCAGUCCACCCACGCCUGAAACCGAGUCAGUUACAGACCAGAUCCCGAGCUAUGGAAUCAAUGUAUGGCUGGAAACAACCGAACGCGUAGACCCAAGUCUAGCACUGCGAUCAUCGUCUUCCGUACAGCGAGCAACGAGAAAAAUACAUGCUCACGUUAGUGAGAAUGUACUCUUCGCUCGCAAGGUGUCUUUCAGACUUGAGAUCCCUACCGCAGCUACACCUACCUUUGAGACCACAGGCGUGCAACUAGACUGGAAGGUUAGGAUUGAGUUUGUGACAGCUCGAGUACGACCAAAAGCAGCUCGUGGAUUGGGCAUUGAAGACGACGAGGUUGGUGCUGGCGGUAGCGAAGAAGAACUUGCACUGGCAGAAGCCAAAGCAGAUGANUUUUUGGAAGAGGUGGGCAGGGAUGAGAGAGGUGUCGUGAAGAUCGCGAAGGAGCGACUUGUCGCCGAGACUUUCGAGGUCGCUAUGCCUAUACGAGUGUACGGUGUCACUGGCACAGAAAUCGACAGGCAAGAAGCCGAGACCGAUGGUCUAGAAGUCUGA